GAUCAUGGGAGAGUCCACGCUUGGAGAAAGUAGGUUAGCAGGGUAGACUGAGAGGAAAGCAAGCGAAGAGUCAGAGCGCAGAGGGGGGGUGCCGAACAGCACUCGUCAAACCGUGUGGGACUAUUCUGUCAGAAAAGUUGAACCAAAUCUGCUCGCCGAAACGGUUACGAUGCGAUCCAAAGCGACUUUCUUCACUCUUUUAUUUCACUCGGACUUGACGGAGCGAUAGAGGAGUUUCGGUUAGUUUUUUCCUUUUUCAUCGUGCUUAACGAGAGCUGUCUGCAGCCGGAACGAAGUUAAUAUUUACAGAGCCAGAUCCCUCUGGCUCCUGCGUUUUUCUCCUGCUCUUUCCUGUCACCUACAUUAACCACAUGUAGCCGAGUUUUCAUCGUACACGACUAAACAAGAACACGUCAAAAAUGAGAGCUCAAAUUGAGGUCAUCCCCUGUAAGAUCUGCGGGGACAAGUCCUCAGGAAUCCACUAUGGAGUCAUCACCUGUGAAGGCUGCAAGGGCUUCUUUCGCCGCAGCCAGCAGAACAAUGCUAUGUACUCUUGUUCCCGUCAGAGGAACUGCCUGAUUGACCGAACUAACCGUAACCGCUGCCAGCACUGCCGCCUACAGAAGUGUCUGGCUUUGGGCAUGAGCAGAGACGCGGUCAAAUUUGGUCGUAUGUCCAAGAAGCAGCGCGACAGUCUCUACGCUGAAGUGCAAAAACACCAGAAGUCUCAGGAGUGUGUGGGCUCUGGAGGCGGGGGACCCACCUCUCUGUCCUUGACCAAGGAUGACGGUGUCUGCGGUGGUAGCGGUGAAGACGGCGAAGAGGGUCUGAGCCGGUCUUACAGCAGCGGAGGUUCCAGCUCCACUCUUAGUGACCUGGAUGACAUCGCGGCGCUGCCUGACCUAUUUGACCUGCCGCUGACCCCAGAGGAGGCCAGCGAGUACUGCAGCCUGGAGCUGCUGGGUGGAGGAGCCAGCACCGGUAACACCUCCAACUCAUCGUCCUCUUCUUCUUCCUCAUCCCUGUCCAAUCAGAAUUCCCCGCAGCAGACUAUGCUGGAUGGAGGAGACAGCAACGGGCUCCAGCUCCUGCAUGCACACUCUCACACACAUCCGCUGCUGGGACACACACAUGCACUGCUGGAUCACCUGCCUGAUGACUGCUCUAUAACAGACCUUGAGCGCAUCACUCAGAGUAUUGUUAAGUCUCACCUCGAGACGUGUCAGUACAGCGCCGAAGACAUGAAAAGAUUCACCUGGGCACAAUACACACCUGAGGAAACACGGGCUUUUCAAAACAAGUCUGCUGAGUGGAUGUGGCAGCAGUGUGCUCACCACAUCACCAACGCCAUCCAGUAUGUGGUGGAGUUUGCCAAACGCAUCGCUGGCUUCAUGGACCUGUGCCAGAAUGAUCAGAUUAUUUUGUUGAAAGCAGGCUGUCUGGAGGUCCUGCUGAUACGCAUGUGCCGAGCCUUCAACGUCAACAACAGCACCAUUUUCUUUAACGGGAAGUUUGCACCAGCUCACUUCUUCAAAGCACUUGGUUGCGACGACCUGGUCAGUGCUGUGUUUGACCUGGGGAAAGGACUCUGCCGUCUGCAGCUGUCAGAUGAAGAAAUGGCUCUAUUUAGUGCCGCCGUCCUUCUGUCUCCUGAUCGGCCCUGGCUAACAGAAGGCCAAAAGGUCCAGAAACUUCAGGAAAAAGUCUACCUGGCCCUGCAGCAUAGCCUGCACAAGAGUGGAGCUUCUGAUGAGAAACUGGACAAGAUGGUGUCCAAGCUGCCCAUAAUGAAGUCUAUCUGCAACCUCCACAUUGACAAGCUGGAGUUUUUCCGUUUGGUCCACCCGGAGACUGCCUACAGUUUUCCACCACUGUACCGGGAAGUUUUUGGCAGCGAGAUGUCUCUGCCUGACUCCACCGACAGCUAGAGAGACAGAGAAAGAAAACCAGAGAGAGUGAGAGAGUUUAUUAAGAGGUAGGGAAGCAAAAGGAGAGACAGAGUAGGAUAGUAAUGUUGAAGCUCAACAACAACCAGCAGUAACGACGAGACAAUCCGGGACUUUAAAUACUCCGUCUCCCAUGAUCCCAAAGUAGUCCUCCACUUUCCCAGCAGGCAAAAGCACCUUACACUACAGACCACACAGGCUCAUGGUCCUCUGCAUAUUGUAGCAUUAAAUACAAGCAGGAUGGGCAUUGUAGGAAUAAAACACAGCAGCCCACUUAGCAUGAGAAAGCUCCGAGCUCAAACACUUUUUUAACAUGAGAUCCACGGAGGAUCACCCAACCAUUUAUGAAUGUACCUCAUUGAUCAGCACCAGUGCACCCGUAAGAACCUAUCUACAGUGAAUGUACAACCCUGCCACUCAGACAGAGUUUUACACUUAGUAACAGAAUAAAGUCAUGUUGAUCAACCGGUCAAUUGAUACAUCUUUCAGUCGAUAUUAUCUCCUUUUUAAUACUUCUCAGUGUGAUACGCUUGCGUAUUCAUACAGACAAUAUCCCUGUACCGACCACUGCUUCGGGACCAAGAUCAUGAGUCAUUUUCCCUAAAAUAAAAGCUCAUGGAUAUGACAUGACUCACAGCUCAGGCUGACUUCCGUAAUCAGCAUAGAACCAGUCUCACACACAUUUAGACAGUGUUCGGUGCUGCCUCUUUGUAGGCUUUUGUAAUGCAAUGAGAAACCUCAGUCCCACACACCCCUUUCCUUGUAAAUGCCACUUAGAGACAGGAAAAGAUGAAAUUAUCUUUAAUUUAUAUACACAUUUAUAAACAAAUAUUUUAAAUAAGAAUGUAAAUAGAUGACUAUAUAAGUAUAUGGAGAGUGUAAGAAUGUUUGAGUUUAAUCCAGAGAGAGAAGUGGAGGGCGAGAUGUGAGAGACAGAAGAGGAAAAAAAAAGGAUGGAUGAUUCACGAAGGCAGAUUUUUUUUUUUGACUUCAAUCUUUUUCUGGACUAUUCCCUCUUUUGACAGUACUCUCAGGUUUCCUUGGCAACAACCCCUUCUUGCCCAUGACGGCAAAACCAAGCCGGGUAAAGCGACGGGGUGGACACUUGUUGCAGAUGCGACGCAGCAGGGGGAAGGCAGCAGACCCAUAUAAAGGCGGAUAUGACAUUGCCUGUCAUUGCAUUUAGACUGAGAGAUUUCAGUGUGCACUGCUGCUGCCCUUCCCUCCUCCCUGCCUAAAGAGACAAGAGGACAAACAGGACACUAAGGAAAAAAGAAAGCAAGGCAAAAGAUGACUUUCAUGAACAGUAUGAUGGAACGGGGAUACACAGGGUUUCCCCUCCUGUUUCUAACCAUUAGUCAGUACCGUAGGUGUAGUAUAUUUGUCUUUCAUUCAUAACAUUUCAUUUUGGUUCGAGGUUGGGACGUCGACGGUCCAUAAUAUGUAUCAUAAACCCUCCUUGCUGAUUGGAGCAUCUGUAUUAUUUUGUACAUUUGCUGUUCCUCACUCCUUUAGUCCCAAACCCAACACUUAUCCAAAUACCAAGCACUUAUACUUUCCUCUUUCUCACUGGGCACUAGUCUAAGGCCAGACAGAGCUACCAGCUGCCCCCUGAGUUGGGCCUCAAAGCCAGUAAGACUUCAUGGUUUUCAGUCAGUCUGUUCUAGUAGUUUUAUUUUUAAUUUCAUAUCUGUCAUACAAAAUCAUCCAUAACUGUUUACAUUAUUCAUGUACAUAACGAAUACACUUCCUGCAGGUCGGUCUAGCAUAAAGCUGAUGGUAAUAAUGUCUUACUCGGGGUGCUGUGAAGUUCUUGAGCAGAGUCUGCGGACCUGCUGUCUGCCGCUCAGGGAGCUAGCUGUGAUCUCUUCUUGUCCCUUUAUAACCAGUGUCGUCUUUUAGCCUUGUGCUCCUCACACCUUUGCACCUAAGAUGAGAUCCAUAACCAUAAUCACUGUGUUCUAUUUUUGUGAAUGUUACUCACAAAGUGUCAAAGCCCUUCCCGUUUGUCCUAAUAUUGUAACUUUAAAUUUUUUCGAGACAUAGGAGUUAAAAAAAAAAACAUGAAUAAAUCAGUUAGAUUUAAAGAUGAAUUUUAUUAUUGGGGUUAAAUGUUUCUUUUGCUGUGAUUUACAUUUAUUUGUCAGUCUUUUAUCCACCUUUUUUUCUUUAUGUGUCUCCACUUCUGUCUUGUAAAGUCAGUGAUCUAUUUUUUUUAAUUGAAGAAAGAUUAGGACAAGUACAAACGAAAAAGAAUAGUUUGUUUCCCUUCUCUAUCCCUGUAUGACAAAAUGUACAAGAGGUAUAUUACUAGUCCAAGAGUAACUGAGUCACACAGCGCGAUAUAUAUUGUUGUCCAAUGGGAUACAUUAUAUGUGGUUUUAAGAAUGUAAUAAAUGGUUUCCUUUUCUUUUAAA